UAAGCAUCUUAUAUUUUCUAUAAAAAUUCAAUUCUGGUUUCAUUAUUUCUUAAAUUUUAAUUCCGGAAACAAAGCCAGAAAUGAAGUUUGGAAAAGAAUUUGCUUCACAAAUGGUGCCAGAAUGGCAAGCAGCAUAUAUGAAUUACAACUUUCUCAAAACUCUCUUAAAAGAAAUCAUGAUUUUCCGACAGCAACAGAGCCUGUCACAAGACAAUCAAGUGAACCUAAGGCCGCAGCCGUUGAAAGUGGGGACGUUGAAGAGAAGGGGGUCUCUUUUUAGAGCUUUUAGUGGACUAACGAGUCGCUACGGUAUGAAAAGUCCCAAGAAAGAUAAAGAAGAUGAAGUGAUUCUAGUAAGUGCCAUGCAUACCGCAGAUGAAGAACAAGGGGAACAUGUACAUGGCCAGAGUUACCAGACGUUUUUUCUUCGUGCCGCGGAGCAAGGCAGCGAGUAUGAGAUUGUGUUCUUUCGACGACUGGAUGAUGAGUUUAAUAAAGUGGUUAGUUUUUAUAGAGCCAAAGUGGAAGAGGUGGUGAAGGAGGCUGAAGAGUUGAAUCUACAAAUGGAUGCUCUUAUUGCUCUUAGAAUUAAAGUUAAUGAUCCUGCUGCUGUUACGCCAUUCAUCAAUGAAAGAAACACAGGUUAUCCGUUGGAGGUGAUCCAUGAAGAACAGCAAGAAAAGGGAUUAGAUCGUCCCAGGGAAUACCAAAUGGCGUCUUUAGACGUUUUAAAGCACGUAAAAAUCAACACCACCGCAGAAUCACCGUUGUCCGCCGUGAAAAGUCUUUUCAAUAGUUCAAAGUCAGACCUGCAGUUCAACAAAAAUGAACUUAGAGAUGCAAAAGAAAAGUUAAAGCAAGCUUUUAUUGAGUUCCACGAGAAGCUUCGGUUUCUAAAGAACUAUGCGUUCUUGAAUCAAUUGGCCUUCUCCAAGAUAAUGAAGAAGUACGAUAAGAUCACAUCAAGAAAUGCAUCCGAUGCUUACUUAAAGAUGGUUGAAGAGUCUUACUUGGGCCAAUCUGAUGAGGUUGCUAAGCUCAUAGAGAGAGUCGAAUCAGCAUUUGUAAAGCAUUUCUGUAACGGGAAUCGCCAUCAAGGAAUGAGCACCUUAAAGCCAAAUGCUAAAAGGAGAAGGCAUCGCGUAACAUUUUUUGUGGGUUGCUUCUUUGGGUGCUCGUUAGCACUUGUGGUGGCGAUCAUUGUAAAUAUGCAUAAUAGAGAUCUUCUUAAGAGUAACGGUAGAACUCAGUACAUGAAUACCAUCUUUCCGCUAUACACCUUGUUUGGAUUUCUGGUGUUACAUAUGCUGAUGUAUGCGGCAAAUGUAUAUUAUUGGACGCGCUAUCGUGUCAACUACUCAUUUAUAUUUGGGUUCAAGCCCGGUACAGAAAUGGGUUAUACUGAAGUUCUACUACUCAGUUCCGGCCUAUCAGUACUCACUCUCGCAGCUGUACUCUCAAAUCUUGAAAUGGAAUUGGAUGCAAAUACUAAAAGUUACUCAACACUAACUGAAUUACUCCCUCUAGGCUUAGUCAUUGUUGUACUUCUAAUAACAUUUUGUCCGUUUAAUAUCUUCUAUCGCGCAAACCGUUUCUUCCUCUUAGUCUGUUUAUGGCGCUGCAUUUGUGCUCCUUUUUAUGCAAUCACUCUCCCUGAUUUCUUCUUGGCUGAUCAGUUUACUAGUCAGGUCCAAUUAUUGAGGAGUUUGCAGUUCUACGUAUGUUACUACGGUUGGGGAGAUUUUAAGCAAAGGGAUGCAAAACCAUGCAACGAGAGCGAUGUUUAUGAUAUUAUUACUAUAGUUAUAGCCGUUAUCCCAUAUUGGAUUCGACUCCUACAGUGCAUACGACGCUGGUGGGGAGGCCAGGAUCCUACACAAGGUCUAAACGGGCUCAAAUACUUCUCUACCAUUGUUGCUGUUGUUUCGAGGACAAUUCAGACUCAACUCACUCAAAAAAAACUUAAGGCAGCGGCGAGAACGUUUAAAAUCAUUGCAGGAUCUACCUCAGGCGUUGCAACAAUUUUCAACACCUACUGGGACAUAGCGAUGGAUUGGGGUUUGCUAUGCAAAAAUUCAGAUAAUCCAUGGCUAAGAGAUAAGCUUAUUUUGCCCAACAGAUCUAUCUACUUCAUAGCAAUGGUAUUGAAUGUGAUAUUGAGACUGGCCUGGAUGCAAACGGUAUUGGAUUUUCAUGAUGCUCCAUUCCUACAUAAAAAUGCCCUAAUUGCAAUAGUUGCAUGUUUGGAGAUCAUACGACGUGGCAUAUGGAAUUUCUUCAGGUUGGAGAAUGAGCAUUUGAGCAAUGUUGGAAAGUUUAGAGCUGUUAAAUCAGUGCCAUUACCUUUUAGCUAUGAACAUGAUGACAAGAAUCAAUAAUUCAUUUUUGUUUUUGUUCGUGUAACUAAACUAAACCCUCAAGAGUAAAGUUUUAUGUAGAGGGUUUUUUUUUCUAUUUGAUUGGUUUUCUUUCUCAUAAGAAACUUAAAAUUGUUGUA